AUGAAUAACACUAUUCUAGUCUGUACGGAGUGUGGGAAACCCAACAACUUUCCCAUGCAGCAUAUCAAUAUGCAACAGAGGGAAAAUAUGACAACGUUCUGCAAUACAUGCGGGACUGUAACACUGCAGCGAGUGCAGAACAUAUCGGAUCAAACGGAACAGCAAAGAGAAGUAAAUGAACAUACAACAGGAACAACAACGCCGAGUAGUAUAAAUCCAAGCAUCACGGCUCCACUGUUAGAUGUGAAUGAACAACUAUGGAAACGAUUGCAAGAAACACUUGUAAAUAAUGGUAUCUCUAUGGCAGAUUUUUUCCGUUGUGAUGUGCCUACGAAAUUACGCAUCAUCUCCUCUAUGGGGUUUAAUAAGAGUGAGAUGCCGAAACUUAUGGAGCUUGCCGAAGUAAAACAUCCUCGGAAUUCCUUAAAUACUCCACCACAGUCAAUGAAGCAAGAAGUAGAAAUAUCAGCAGAUGGAUCAAAUAGAUCUGGUUUUGUUCCAUCAAAUUCAAAUGGAAGAGUUUCAUCGAAUUUAACAAACCCUAAAAUAAGUACAGAACAAAUGGUAGAAACACCUCAUCACAAAAUGCAUAAUGAAAAUUCUUUACUGGGUUUAACCGUUAAAGAAAAUGGUACUCUUCUUGCCUAUUGCUCCGUUUACCCUAAUCUUCCUGCAGAGUUUUGGUGUUCACUUUGUGGGGCAUUGGUUUCCAGUCGAUGCCAUGUGACUGGUAUUCAUAAAGAUCAUCCCUUUAUUACCCUCCGUCAGGCAGCAGAAGCGCAUGUUGGAGAUCUUAAGACAUGGUCUGAACGUUGCCGUUCACAACUAAAUGUUGCCAGUAAUAUUGUUGCCAAUCUAAAGCAUGGAAAAGAACUUAUCAGUGAGACAGUUAAAGAUCAAGAAAAGGAACUUGACCAGCAAUUUGAAGAAAUUAUUCGUGGUCUUACACAGUGGAGAGAGGAACUUCGAUCUAGUUUGAGGUUACAAGUGGAUGCCCAAAUAAGAAAUAUUGAUUUAGCUUUAGAAAAUACUACUGAUCUUAUGGAGUGUUUUACAGAGCGACAGAAUAGUUGUGAUCCUCUUCUACAAAAUAUACCACCUAUACAUCAAAAUGAUAAACAAUCAGAAGAUUGGUCUCUUCGUGUAAUGAAUCUUGUUAGCCAACUUAAGGCCACACGAUAUGAACCCAUUCCCAUGCCACGUUUAACAGUUCCAGAAGUGAAAUCUUUUGCUACUGCGGCAACCUAUAUGGAUCUUAUAAAAGCUGUAAGUGUUCCUGCCGCUGUUCGCCUACCGGAUGUUCUUGAUAUGGGAUACCUUAACUUUCCAAAUCCCUCUGAUGUUUCCCGUGAAGCCUUUACGCUUCAACCUCCGGCGGAUGCGGUGGAGCGUGGAAUUCUUAUCUACAGUGGGCGCACACUCACGAGGGCGGCGACUGUAACUCCCGUUCACGUUCUUGUCUGCAGUUCGCGAGUCUUCUACACUGGCUUGACGGCGUGGGCGGUGCACGUGGACCGCGUGGGCGCCGGGCCCGGCCGUGUGCUCGCCGGUGUGUUGAUGGCCGGCAGCGACGGCGAGGGGGUUGUGUGGGACGGGCAGCGCAUCGUCGGGCCGAAUGAGGGCGAGUGCCGCCUGCUGCCGGAGCGCUGCCGCCUGCAGACGGGCACGACCCUCCGCUUUGUUCUCGAGUUGGAGGCCCCGUCGUAUUUUCUCAUUUGUUAUUAUGAAGAGGAGGUGGUCGCGCGGAUCCCGCUGCCGCCGGCCCUCAGCGGGUGGAUCCCCGCCUUCAGCGUCUUUGGCCCGCAGGAUCAAAUCACCGUCGUUCCCACCUCCACUACAGUCGCGGAGCAUCUCUUGUCGAAUGCCACACCCGAUAGGAGGAGAAAAAAAGGAGACGGCGGACGUACGGAAGAUACAAAAGUGCGUCUCGUCGAACAGGAGCAGAAGUUGAAUGCCUUACAGCAGCAAAUCCUUGCUGUAAACUCACGGAUUAAUCAGGAACAGUAUGAGAAAUUUGUAAAUUCUUCUAAAGGUAGUGGUAGGCAAGAUAAGAACAAUGGGAAAAAUCAAACGAACGAAACUAAUGUUCGAUCCCCAUCAUCGUUUAAUCCAACAAUGUCAUUAUUUUCUCCAGAUGAAAGGAAUACUUCAAAGCAAUCAGCAUUCGCUGUAUCACAUGAUACAAAAGGAGCAUCGUUACCACCUCGGCCCUCGCCAUCAUCAUCAUUAUCACCAUUUAGAUCAAAUGUUUCAGGUGAACAGCAAACAAAACCAGAGACACGAAAUCAGAGAUACAGCCCCGAGUUGCAAAACCUUAUGAGUUUUGUAGAAUCUAUCAAGUAA